CGGAAGGAGAACCUUAAGCUUCACACAAUUCCGAAGCGCGCUAGAACUCUACCGAAUAAAUGUGAUUACUCACUUUCAUUAGACAGGACGAGUGAUUCUGUUGAUUUUAGCACCUUUUGUUCAAAAAUUUGUCACAAAAAAAAACAAACGCGCCAGUCAAAAUCAUAAGUAGAUAGAGGAUACCUGAAACUGUCAGGAAAGGUGAAUACUGAAACCACCACUUCUCUUUUUCCUGAGGUCUGUGGAAUCGGGAGGGAAGUCCUUCUUCGGGAGUUCUAGCGCGCUGCGGAAUUGCGGGAUGCGACUACGCAAGACUAUAUUAGUCAUGUCGUAAGCUAUUAUUAAGAUGUGAUCAGAUUUUGAAAAUUUUUCGAAAAAUCAGUAAGAGUUAUAUACUAGGCGCGUAAGCAAAACAAGCGGUGAAUACGAUUCGCAUGGGAGACGCGAUGCUCUUAUCAUGUCGUGAUCGUAAGAGAAAAAUACGAUCUCGACGUGACAAUUUUUUCUUACAGCGAUUGCGCUCGGAUCGCGAAGUCGCACCGCGAUCGCUAAAAAGUCUCUAUUGUAGCGUCGCGAUCGCGAAUUACAAGCUUUUUGUAAAAUAAGAGUUGGUCGCGAACGCGCCACGACAAUAGGGACUUCUUAGUGAUCUCGGCGUGAUUGUAGCGCGAUCCGGGUUUGUGCCGCGAAUCAAGCAAGAAAGUGGACUUGGGUAGGGAACAUCAAGGUGCAAUACAAAGAUAAUGAACACAGGAACGGAACUAACUAUCGUGCGACUAACUAUCUGGCUUUCACAAGUUUUAAAGCGUGUAAGAUAUAAAAGCACACGUGGAAAAGCACAUUGAUUGUGCCGGCUCGAGACUAUUUUUUUGUUCUAUAUAGAAGAUUUCCCUGGUGAAUACGUAAUGGACGUAAUCUCGGAGGACAGUUUUUUGGAGUAGAUAUUUUGUAUGAUGACGUUGUUGAUACUUUUAAUCACUAAAGGUGAAAACUUCAUAUAGCGCAUAAAGUUUGUUGUACGACUGAUAAUCGAGACUAAAGUUUCGGGUAUCGAAACAUUUCGAGGCUCGAGACUACAGUAUCAAAGCUGCUCGAGACUUCUCGUCUCGGUGCAUGCCUACGUGUGGGUCUGAUAUUUAUUCUGCAAUUAGAGAUAAAAAACUAUCCUUGAUUACUUCAGAAUAUAAACUUGUUCUAUUCAUAUAUCUGUUAUAUUGUGUUUCAGGGAUGAGGAAGACGACAUACAAAACAAGCAAUCGAACGCAAGAGACUUUAUAACUGUUCAAAUUUGUGAGGCUAGACGAUUAGUAGCAUCAGGACUAAUUUUUAUGACAAUCGAUUCAAAAAUGUCUCUUGAUAAAUUGACAGAUUAUAUUUUUGAAUACAACAGGCCACGCUCUUCUUCAACUGAAAGUAUCAGCUUGUCAAUAUUUAAAAAUAAUGAGUAUUGAGUAUGCCUCACUCACAUGUUUUUGCCAACAUCGGCACUCAUUAAUAUUGGUCUCUGUAACAACUCUAUUAUUAGUCUCGAUAAAACUAAUUCGAGAUUAGGGUUAGGUGGUUUAAGUAAUCUUGGCAAUACAUGUUUUAUGAAUAGCGCAUUACAGUGUUUAAGUAAUGUACCACAAUUAACAAAAUAUUUUCUCACAUCACCGACUAAUAGCGGUACCCAUGGGGAAAUUUUAGUAGGUACCGCGGUGUGUACACGCGUGAAUAUCGUAAAAUGGUGUGUGGGCACGUGUGAAAAAUAUAUUCCACGUGUGACACCAGGUGAACUGGUUAUGAAAACGUUUCGCGUCAUAUUUUUCGCACGUGAUCACAGGUGA